GGAUGAUGUAACAUAUACUAGAAUGAAGAGAAUAUUGAAUUAAUAUCCAUGUUACAAAGGGUCUCCUGCUGAAUAGAAUAAACAAGACGUAAAGGAAAUGGAUCUUGAGAAGAAGAUAUGGGCUGCAUCCACGGUGCUUUUCUUGUUUGUGGGUAUGGCUGCUCUUGGCCACGCAGCGUGGCUUGUUGGCCCAGUUAUGGCAAUAGUACUACUGGGCGGAUAUUUUGUAGUCUCUGGUUUUCUUCGAGUACUGAACAUUGGGGCUGUCCCUGUUGGUUCUUUUGAUGGUCUAGGACUGGCGGUUUCUUGGCUCUUCUUGUUGCCGCUCCUGAGCCUGCAGAAAGAAAACCCUCAUGCUCAUGUAACUUUGUUCCUCUUAAUGUGUACUGCGAGUUUUUUCUGUGUGCUCAUGAUGGUUAGGCCUCUCAAUACUGAUUUUGGAGUUCUCUAUGGACUCUGUUACCUUACUGCUUCCUUUGCCAGUGAAGAGUUCGGAACUGGAUGGCAAACUUGGCUAGCUAUCAGCCUUGGCACGUUGAUGAUAUCUCUUCGAGCGAUCAUGGAGAUACGGGCUAGAGGAGAUUAGUAUUUAUGAGUUAUGAAUUACUAAAGGUCCAAAAUUGGAGAAAUCCUACCACUGCUACAUGCUAUGAAACAACUCAAUAAGUGUAUGCAUCUAAGAAAGUCAAUUCUAACUUCUGUUUCUUUGGUACGAGCUUAGAGAUCCAUAACUUCCGUAAUAUCCUCGCUAAAAUUUCAGCAUACACAGAAAUUUAUUGAAAUACGAUAUGAUUAUUUAUUUCAUAUUAGAUGAUUGAAAUUUGUCUCACUUAUUCUUCUUUACAAUUAAACAUACUAUGAGUUGUAUUUGUCGUAUAAUUUCUUUCCCU